AUGAGUGAUAACAAAUCAUUUAGACUUUCUUCACUGGGCCUCCAGAAUGUCGGAAUUGGCCAUAAGACUGAUAAUUUUACCCUUGUUGUUGGUGAUAAAUCUUAUAAAUGCAACAAAUUUUUUGUCGAUUUUAUAUCUCCAAAAAUUGCAGAAAUUCAUUUAAUUGAUCCUUUAUUGGAUACAUUUCAGCUUGAUAUUCCAGAUCCAAAUGGCUAUUUUUCAAUUUUAUUAGAUCUCAUGAACGGAAAACCAAUCAAAUUACAAACAGAACACCUUGAAUUUCUUAAAAAAGCUGCACAUGCAUUGGGCAAUAAUGAAUUACUCCUUAAAUUAUUAGAUAUUCCAAAUGAAAAUAUCAAUUAUCGAAACGCUCUUUCAGUAUUAGAAGAAAAACUACCUUAUGGACUUGAUGUUACAAAUGAGAUCAAUAUUAUCGCUUCAUCUUUUUAUAAUAUUAAAUCAAAACUUCUUGAAGAUUUGGAUAUCGAUAUUUUAAUGAGAAUAUUAAAUUCUCCGAACCUUGUUAUAGAAUCAGAAAGAAAACUAUUCAAAUUUGUUAAGAGAAUUAUAGAAAAUAAUGAAGAAGGACAAGUUUUAUUAUCCUCAAUUAACUACACUCAACUUCCUGAUGAAGAUAUGGAGCAAUUUGGUAAAAUAGUUCAAUUUGAUGAGUCAAAGACUUUGUUGUGGAACUCAUUCCAGUCAAGACUUUUAUUGGAGUGUAAAGUCGUACAGCAAAAGACUAGAUACAACAAGAAGAUUGCUAAAUGUUUAUAUGUUGAAGACAAAAUGUUCGAUGGUAUCUUUAAUUAUAUUAGAAAACUUAAUAAAGGUGUAAAUCCAAUUGAUUGUGGUGCUGUUUCAGCUAAAGUGCAAGUUUCGGAAUGUACAAUUAAGAUUAGAGAGUUAUUUGAGCGAGACACUCAUCCAAGAUGGUAUUUGACAGAAAAAGAUAAUAAUUUCCUCCAAUUUGACUUUAUUAAUGGAAAAGUUUCAAUGAAUGGUUAUAGUUGGGGUAGUGGAAGUGAGAGUAGCUACUGGGAAUUCCCUGUUUCAUAUACUUGGGAAGGAUCUGAAGAUAAUGAGAACUGGACACCAAUAGAUAUCAAAGAUAACAACGAAGAAAUGGGUGGAAAUGAGAAAACUCAUCACUGGGACUGCGAAAAGAGCCCGUUCUUCAGAUAUAUCAGAUUUAGAUUAAGAAACGUCCAAAGAAGAGGUGGCCUUUACUCAACACAGCUUGAAUUAUUUGGUUUCUAUGAAGAACCAAAAGAACAAAAUCCAAAUAAGUAA